AAGAUCCGCUAUUUCGCUUUCAUGAUCCACUAUAACAUGCCGUUUGUGGACGACAUUCGCAUCAUUGUCGACUGGACCGUGGCCCCCACGACCCUUGAUCUGUGGAUGUAUUGGAAAGUCGAAGACGCGCACACGGCCUUCUACCGGUCCAGGCAUGUCAUGUUCGUUCGGAGCCAGUCGUACUAUGCCGAAGAGCGAGAUCCUCUCGAGAAGAUCUACAGCGGAUGGGCGAUCCUGUGCCUAGUGGUUCUGGUCAUCCUGAUGCCCAUCAUCGUCUUCUCUCCAUUCUCGCCAUUUCCGAACACCGUGUUGAUUGACGAGGCGACGCUAAGCCUGGAGCUGACCAUGAGUGGUGCCAAAGAAGAUGCCCCCGAUGUAUCCACCGCUGGCGAGCUUGCUGCGCCUGCUGCUGAUGCGUUCGAAGUGGAGGAUGAAGUCGCGGACGUCGAUCCGGGUCCUGUUGCGAUGACUGCUGCGACGCGCGUCCCGGCAGUCGACGCGGCGGGUGCCCGAGGACACAACUGGAAUGGAGAAGACGGAGGAGAGGAGCUGUAUUGGGGCCACAAGACACGGCGCGUGUUCUCUUUACAACCAGCCCGUCCGAGUGCCGGGCGCGCCGAUGUGGAUUCCUUCUUGCGAGGCUUCUUCGAGACGCGGAAAGGUUUUCGGAAUGCGGGCUGGUUGAAAGGGUUGGAGCUACUGAAAGCAGCCACAUUAGCAUCCUCUCAGGGCCCAUGUGCCCAUAUAGUUAUAUACUUUAAAUUUGACCCUAUAAAGUACCUAUAUGUAGGGACUGAUUGCGUUAAGGCGGGUAGCGGAUAG